AUGGACGAUAUUGGCAACAGAAUUCAGGAUGAUAUCGCGAGAAUAUCGCUUGAUCACCAAUAUGAGCUGCCACCUCCGCCACCUCCGGAUAUUGCGACUGCAGGGAUAAUUGCAGUGGACAUCACAGAUAAAUUCUCAGCAGCUGUCAAGACUCUCGCACCCGGUGAACUUGUUAAAGAUGGGCAAUUUACGCUAUUCGAGUCCGUUUCAGGGCUCGAGAUCAUGGAUCCUAAAAUGGAUAGCGGUUGUGUUGAAUCAGCAGAAGAGCUUGAAGAGCUUUACGAUGUUGCGCGGCCACUGCUCCCAGAAGAGGUACUGGGAAUUAUAGACCAGCUUCUCUGUCAUGAGAUGGCGUGGCAUCAGGGAUAUCCCCUUUCGCAGACUCUAUUCACAAGUGUAUACGCCGAGGCGCUCCUGACACCCACACCACGAACUGUCGAGGACGCUCACUUUGUUCGAAAUGGCUCAUGGGGUUCUUCUGGACAACCUGACAUGCUUAAAAUACUAAGAGCGUACUGUCUUGGUUUGCUUAAAGCUUGCGGUUAUGUCAACGAACGGAUUAGAUCAGAACACUACUAUGAAGCUAUCCGGCAGGCUAUCCAAGAAGCAAGAGACCUACUCAGCACAUUAUCUACCGGCGUCAGCGAUGAUCUUCGAGAAGCACUUGAUCAACGACUGCAGCUACGGCUGUACUUUCUGGAAGCCACAGAAUGCCCCAAAUACGUGAAAGAGCCUGAGAUCGCGCGAAAGCCAUGGCUUGAAGGACUCAAGGUUCUGCCAGCCAUCAAGUCAUCUCACACCUUGGGAAAACCAGUCGAUGAGGCCUUCAGUGCCAAGCUCCAACGAAAGCUUGCUAGCACUAUGCCCCCUAGACCGAUUGUGCAGUUGAAAUUCGAGGAUGCAUUUGGUCAUCUUUCAAGGCUGUUCACAGAUGGUGUUGAAUUGAUUGAUGUGCUCAACUAUACAGACUCCCAAUGUCUACAAAACUUCGUCUUGCAAUUUCAAGCCAAGAAGCCUCAACCGCUGGUUUUCGUGCGGACUCUACUUCAGACUUUCCUCUUCAACGAAAUGGAAGUUCUAGGCACAAUGAGCAUUCGGCAGAUUAUGGAUGAUGACUUUUCUAUCGUGUCGAUGCCGGCCAGCGCCCAACUUGAUCGAAACAACGACGAGAUCGAAUUUCCCCAAGAUCCGCGAUUCAUUGUUGCGCAACAAAUGGAACAGUUUCGACAAAGAGCGGCUCAAUCAUUUCUCGACAUCUUCAGGACCUUUUGUCAGAACAGGUGUCGUGUGAGGCGCACGCUUUGCCAUAUCAUCAGGGACUGGGAUAAUCUUCAGCUCGAUGCCGAAGAGAUCGAUCAAAUUAUCCAAGUCAAGUUGAACGAGAAGCCAAUGAGGCAUUUCACAGGGGCAAAUUCCCAACCAAUCGAUACCUACUCCCUCCCACUAUCGUCCUGGACGUACUUAUACAAGAUUCGCCAGAUGGAAUGGAUCGUACAACUUGGUUUCGAGUUGGAAGUCUAUCAGCCAGACGAACUUGCCGGUAUGUAUUGGUAUCUCAACUACCUCGCCAAAUGGAGGGUUCAACAUACAGAGAGGCUCAAGUCCUUCAUUGUUCGAAGAGUCGAGGAAUCUCGCUCACCUUCUCAACCGCGAAACCCUUCAGUCGAUCGCCAACUUGAGCGAUCCCUUGCUUUUAUCCGGCUUAUGCUUCUCGAUGCCGCUGUCACAUGGGAAUUGUCAGAUGCGCUAUCAUGCCUUUAUACAGCUCUCAUGCGGCUCGAGUUGGUCAAGGUGCCUCCGCGACCUUAUAGUAACGACGAACUCCGCUUUGAGCUGCGGAUGAGACCAUUUGCCGUUAUUGGUCUACCGCCUUGCCCGGGCUUUCAAGAAUUUAAUCUUGGAACCACGCAGCCAGAAUCUCCCACGGUGGAUAUUCUUCAAUAUGCAGAAAGAGCUCUGAAGGGUGCAAAGCAGGGACUCGAGGUGCUGAGCAAGCUGUCUGCGGCAGAUUCCUUCUCAGUUGGUUCUCACGAUAAAUGGCAGGCUUCGAAGAAGAACGCGCUCAAAGCUUGUAUUGCAACAGGACUCGCGAUUACGGCUGUGCUGAAGGCAACGAAGGAAGAUGCGAGUAAUUUGAAGCUCAGAGUUGAGGUGCCAACUCCUGAUAAGUGUUAUCAUGACUGGUGGAUUGUACCUCAUCUGGUUCCUGUCUGA